AUGUCCGUCGAGUCUCCUAAAGUGAAGCCAACAGCUUGCGAUCCUUGUCGAAAAUUAAACAUUCAGUGUAAUCUAGACAAUUACAUCGAUGACUGCGAGAGAUGCACCAGUCUAGGAGAAAAAUGUUUCGUCACAGAUGAUUACAACAUUACUAUCCAUAAGGUUCCCCAGAGAACGCUUCACAAUUUCAACAGUGGGGGGUUUGUAAGCGCACUUAUCGCUCUUCAUAUUGGCUUACGCGAUAAUCAAUCAAACGGGGAAAAUACAUACGCGAUUAUCGAUAGAUUAGUGUCCAAAUUCGAGGGGAUACCUAAGGAAGCUACCAAAUAUCAGGAGAUCAACGGGUUCUUGAAUUACCACUUCAUGUAUCUCUUCAGUUGGUUCCAGGAAAACCGCGAACAUCAAGUAUGGACUGUUGCUAGAUAUGAUGAGAAGACUAGACAAUCACUUAAAAAACUGGGCGCUAUCUUGAAAUCUAUCGAGCUCCGACAUUAUAGGCACAGCGUGGCUUUGUUUGCAUGGCAAAUUGAUACUAUUGAAGCUGAAGAGCCAAGUCCUGGUGAAGCUCUUUCAAACGAUCACAAUCAAACACACGCAGCCUCCUCUGAUCCCACGAAUGAGCCCGAACGCAUGUUAUCUGGAGAAACACAGGCUGGAGAGUCACGGGUUGAAGAGUCGCAACAUGGAGAGUUACAAGAUGGCAAAGCACCUAAAGACCAUAGUAUCUAG